UGACCUUCACCUAUACAUUUUCCCGGGAAAUUUAGAAAUAAACACAACAACAAUGUACCUCUUUUAUCACUAAAUCACUCUGUUUUAGCAAAUGUAUAUUGUACAAAAUUUUGACAAAAUUUUCAUAAACUAUUGAAGCAUCAGAAUGGAGAAUUUUAGACUUAUGGAUCCAGCAGAAGUUGAGUUUUUAGCUGAAAAAGAAAUGGUCCAAAUUGUACCAAAUUUUUCUCAGGACAUCAUUUAUUUGAUUGGUGGUGAGAUAGGACCUUUUAAUCCCAGUCUGCCUGUUGAUGUACCACUAUGGCUUGCAGUAAACUUGAAGGAGAGGCAGAAAUGUAGAAUUAAUGCACCACAGUGGAUGGAUAUAGAACAACUUGAAGCCAAAAAAGAAGAAGAAACAGAAGCCCAAUUCUUCACAGAAAUGCCCAGUCCUCAUUAUAUGGAGGUCACGCAAUUGUUACUGAAAUGUGCGCCUGAGAUCCCUAGGGCCGAUGAAAUGAGGACACUGGUGAAAGAUAUCUGGGAUCUACGGAUGGCUAAAUUCAGACGGAGUAUAGAUCUUCUUGUAAAAAGUGACCACACACAUGCAAAGGUGAAUCAUCUUACCUUGAUGGAGAUAAACACAAUGCGACCCUUUCUUACUAAAGCUUUGGACCAGAUACACAGUCUAAGAACUAACACCCAAAGUGCAGGAUAUAUUGCACCUCAAUGA